UUUCUUUCCAGUGUUGGCUGACUUACAGCUCCUAUAAACUAGUGGCAAUUUCUGCACCCCCAGCCUGCUCCCUUUCAGUUUCUGAUUUCUAAGUCCAUGUGCCAGGGGCCGCCAGAAAGGAGGUAUGUGCCGUUCGUGCUGUUUGCAGGCGACUUCACCCCUGGGCGUGGCGGAUGCGUGUGGGUCUCUCUCUGUCCCUGUCCUCUCCUCGGCUGGACCUCACUAAAACCUCUGGAAGGGACACUUUCCUGGGUGCCGGACUGUUUUCUCCUCUGGAAGUAUUCUCCUGCGAGUAUUUAUUUGUUUGAAUAAAAGCAACCACACACCAUGGACCUCGUCGGGUUGCUGAAGUCCCAAUUCCUGUGCCAUCUCGUCUUCUGUUACGUGUUUAUCGCCUCGGGGCUAAUAAUAAACACCAUUCAGCUCUUCACUCUCCUUCUCUGGCCAAUUAACAAGCAGCUCUUCAGAAAGAUCAACUGCCGACUAUCUUACUGUGUCUCCAGCCAGCUGGUGAUGUUGCUGGAGUGGUGGUCGGGCACGGAGUGCGUCAUCCACACAGACCCCCAGGCCUACCCCAAGUAUGGAAAGGAAAAUGCCAUUGUGGUUCUGAACCACAAGUUUGAGAUUGACUUUCUCUGUGGUUGGAGCCUGGCCGAACGCUUUGGGGUGUUAGGGGGCUCCAAAGUCCUGGCCAAGAAGGAGCUGGCCUACGUCCCCAUCAUCGGCUGGAUGUGGUACUUCACCGAGAUGGUCUUCUGCACGCGCAAGUGGGAACAAGACCGCAAGACCGUCUCGAAGAGCUUGCUGCACCUCCGGGAUUACCCUGAGAAGUAUUUCUUCCUGAUUCACUGUGAGGGCACUCGGUUCACGGAGAAGAAGCACCAGAUCAGCAUGCAGGUGGCCCAAGCCAAGGGGCUGCCCAGCCUCAAGUACCACCUGCUGCCGCGCACCAAAGGCUUCGCCAUCACCGUGAGGAGUUUGAGAAAUGUAGUUUCAGCUGUAUAUGACUGUACACUCAAUUUCAGAAAUAAUGAAAAUCCAACACUGUUGGGAGUCCUAAAUGGGAAGAAAUAUCACGCAGAUUUAUAUGUCAGGCGGAUCCCUCUAGAAGAAGUCCCAGAAGAUGAGGACGAGUGUUCAGCUUGGCUCCACAAGCUCUAUCAGGAGAAGGAUGCCUUCCAGGAGGAGUACUACAGGACGGGCACCUUCCCAGAGACACCCAUGGUACCUCCCCGGCGGCCCUGGACGCUCAUCAACUGGUUGUUCUGGGCCUCCCUACUGCUCUACCCUUUCUUCCGGUUCCUCAUCAACAUGAUCAGCAGCGGGUCUUCCCUAACCCUGGCCAGCUUUGUCCUUGUCUUCUUUGUGGCUUCUAUGGGAGUUCGAUGGAUGAUUGGCGUGACAGAAAUCGACAAAGGCUCUGCCUACGGCAACAUCGACAGCAAGCAGAAACGGAGCGACUGACCCGACACAUUAGCGCCCAGAGGAGACCUUGGGGACUGGUGGACGCUGCCUGUCAUCCUUAGUGGGACCCAGGGACAAGCGGGGUGAGCCCCUGCUGGGAAGGCAGGGAGUUUGGUCUCAAUGCCAGAUGGGGAGGAAGAUGUUCUUAAAUCUUUUUUUCCCCAUAAUGCUUUAGUGGGUUUUGAUUUUCUUUUCGUGUGAGUGUGUGUGUGAGUGUGUAUGUGUGUGUCAGGGAAAGAAUACCUAUGUGAGAAUAACGUGCAGUUGAGUGCCAGCCUUAUUUUGUGAUCAUUCAGAGGGGAUCUGAGGCACAGGGGGAGGGCAGGGACGGGGAACAGAGGAUUCCCCUUCAUUCUUUGGUGCUGAGUCUUCUGUACUGGAUUGCAAGAGAUUGAAAGGCGCUUAGGUAAGAUGACUAAAUUAUGCCUCCAAAAACAAUUAAAGUGUUUGGCUCCCUGUGCUAUGUG